UCAAAAAUAUUUAAUUUCCGAAUACUGGGACCUCCUAGAUUAGUACAGAACUGUUUUCACAUGAACUCUAAAAAAUGAUUGACCUCAAAGGCUUUUCAUAUAAACAAUUUCUUUUGAAACUUGGUACUUGGUCACAAUACAGGAGAACAAUAUCUCUUAUGCCAAAAUCGAGAAAAAAGAUAUUUGCCCCUAACCCAAAUAAGCGAAAACUUGUUAUAGAAAAAGCUCUGCCAAACGCCCCAACCUUUGUAAAAGAAUUAGGGCCCAGGAAAAACAAACUCGGCAUUCAAAUGCUCUCAAAAUUUAUCUAUGAUCAGGUUUUCCUAGAAGAUUAUAGAGAGAAAUGCAGUGACCAAGUUUUAAAUGAAAGUAGGCAGGAAUUACUCAAGCAUAACAUGUCUUGCAAAAAUGUUGAAAUCCAAGAAGAUGUCAACUUUAAGAUACCUCCCCUUUAUGGCCGCAACAUUGAAGAACAUUUUUAUAAAAUAGGGGAACAACAGCUGAAGCCAUAUAGAGACCUUAUGAAUGAUCUUGUGGAGACUAUUCCUCAAAUACCCAAGAAAUGGUUGUUCUGUCAGGGUUGGACAAGAUAUGCCCCUAAUUCUUUGCCAGAAAAAGUAGAUUUUCCAUUAGAAAGAGCAUUAGUUUUUGAUGUAGAAGUCUGCAUGGUGGCAGGAAAACUCCCCACAUUAGCUACUGCAGUUUCAUCCAAAGCUUGGUACAGUUGGGUAAGCCCAGCACUUAUUAAUGGCUCUAGUAAAGCUGAUGCUUUACACCAUUAUACUUUAAGUGAAUUGAUUUCUUUUGAAAGCACAUCUCAUGAUGAUGGCAGCAUUUUAAAUGAUUUUCAGAAAGAGCCAAAGGUGAUAAUAGGACAUAAUAUUUCCUAUGACAGGGCCAGAAUCAAAGAGCAGUAUUGGUUAAAUAAAACUGGCACUAGAUUUGUGGAUACAAUGAGCUUACAUGUUUGUGUUAGUGGUUUAACUAGCUAUCAGAGAGCUGUUAUUAAAUCUGACAAAUUUUUGGAAGAAGAUGAAAGUUGGAAAAACUGUAGUUCUCUUAAUAAUUUGAUUGAUGUGUACAAACUAUACUGUAAUAAAAAACUAAAUAAGGAAACAAGAGAUAUUUUUGUAACAGGAACAUUAACAGACAUAAUGCAAGAUUUUCAAAAGGUUAUGAGAUAUUGUAGCACUGAUGUGCUUGCUACCUAUGAAAUAUUUCAGAAGCUUUACCCCUUAUUUUUGGAAAGGUUUCCCCAUCCUGUUACGCUAGCUGGUAUGAUGGAACUAGGUACUGCAUAUUUACCAGUAAAUCAAAAUUGGAAUACCUAUAUUUCUGAAUCGGAACAGACAUUUCAAGAUCUGGAAGCUGAAAGUAGAAUACUUCUCGCUAGACAUGCUGAUAAUGCAUGUCAGUUACUGCACGACAACAAAUACCAGGAGGAUCUCUGGCUUUGGGAUCAGGACUGGGACACCAAGAGUCUACGGUUGAAGAAGUUGCCUGAGCAAAAAAAAAAUAAAUGUGAAUCAAAAUCUAUUAAUUCAGAAACACAUACCGAUGAAGAUGUGGAUGAAUUAGAGGAGAAAUUCAAAUAUUUAUGGAAAACUAAAGAAAGCUUGUCUAGUGUGCAAGUACUUUUACCUGGAUAUCCUAAUUGGUACAGAAAAAUUUGCACAAAGUCUGGAUCUACACCUGAUUGGAUUCCAGGUCCUCAUUUAAUAAGUACAUCAAUGAAAAUAACACCCAAAUUACUUCACUUAACUUGGGAGGGUUAUCCGCUACAUCAUGUAAAGGAAAGAGGUUGGGGUUUUCUGGUCCCUUAUUCCGACGACUGUGAAGUUAAACGCAGCCUGCCCCUGAAGCAGUUACUAGAAAAAUGUCCAUUGUUAACAGAAAAAAGCAAAACAGCUGAUGGAGAUGUUGUGUUAUCAAAUAUAACAAAAGCAGUUGAAGACCAUUUAAUGAGCAAAGAAUAUUACUCGAAAGUAAAAAAGGAUAAAACUGGAGGGCUUUAUAAAGGUGCUGGAGUAUGGUGCAACAUACAAGUAGAAGAUUGUUGUUGGUUUUUUAAAUUACCACAUAAAGAUGGAGCUUCGUAUAAUGUCGGUAAUCCCUUGGCUAAAGACUUUCUAAAUAAAUUUUCAGAAAAUGUGUUGGCAAGUGACUCAAAAAGUGCAGAAAAUGUUUUGACUAUAGCUAGAAAAUUGUCAUAUUGGCGAAACAAUCGCAACAGGAUUUUAGAUCAGAUGGUUGUCUGGUUACCGGAAGAUAGUUUUCAGAAUCAUUUGCAACAUAAAGGAUUUACGUAUGGAGCAAUCAUACCCCAAGUUGUGGUGUGUGGUACUUUAACUCGAAGAGCUAUGGAACCAACCUGGAUGACUGCAUCAAAUGCUCAUUGUGAAAGAAUCGGCAGCGAGUUGAGAGCAAUGGUUCAAGCACCACCAGGUUAUUAUAUUGUCGGAGCAGAUGUUGACUCUCAAGAAUUGUGGAUCGCCAGUGUACUUGGAGACUCUCAUCAUGCUAAAAUGCAUGGCGCCACACCAUUUGGUUGGAUGACUCUUUCGGGGAAUAAGUCCAAUGAAACAGACAUGCAUAGUGUAACAGCGAAAGGGGUCGGUAUUUCUCGGGACCACGCAAAAGUGAUUAAUUAUGCCAGAAUAUACGGAGCAGGUCAAAAUUUUGCAGAAAGAUUACUAAAACAAUUUAAUCCGUCCAUGUCAGAGACUGAAGCUCGCAGCAAAGCUCUAAAAAUGUUCACCCUAACCAAAGGAAAAAAAAUCUACUACCUUAAGCCUGAACAUUUACUUGAUUUUCCGGACAAACCUUACAACCAGUGGCAAGCCUUUGAAAUAGCAAAAUCUUGUCGUAAAACAAUUGACGAAAUGUUUUUGAAAUCCAAAUGGGUAGGAGGAACUGAAUCAGCAAUGUUCAAUCGUUUGGAAGAAAUUGCAAACAGUCCUAGUCCAUGCACACCCUUUUUAGGGGGUCGCCUAACGCGGGCCCUAGAACCUAAAACCGCCGCAGAAGAUAAAUAUUUACCGACCCGGGUCAACUGGGUAGUACAAUCGGGAGCGGUUGACUUUUUGCAUUUGAUGCUGGUGUGCAUGAAGUGGAUAAUGGGAGGCAAAGUUCGGUUUUGUAUUAGUUUCCACGAUGAGGUCCGCUAUCUUGUGCCCGAACAAUAUAAAUAUCAAGCAGCUCUGGCAUUACACGUCACCAAUCUUCUCACGAGAAGUUUUUGCUGCUAUCGAUUGGGUCUGGCAGACGUACCACAGUCGGUUGCCUUUUUUUCCAGCGUCGAGGUGGACACAGUUUUAAGAAAAGAAUGUGGUAAUGACUGUCAGACUCCUAGCAACCCCCACGGGUUAGAGAAAGGGUACGGAAUUAAAAGCGGAGAAUCAUUGGAUAUUUAUCAAGCUAUUAACAAGGCUGCCGGCGCUCAUACCUGCUGGUAUGAUGAUAAGAAAAUUAAAGAGUUUGAGGAGAAAUGUCAAGGGCAACGAAAAGGAAGCACGUAAUGUUGGAAGUUUUACAUGAUGACUUCUCACACCCAUCAGAAAAUCAACAAAUUGUUCGAGUUUUGGUUAGUCGAGGGAACAAUUUACUUGAGGUUGAAAGUACAAA